AAGUACAUCCGGGACAUGAUUUGUCUUAAACAAGCAAACACGCCAAGGGACGGCUCUCCACUGGUAGAGAGGGCGGAAAGUGUAGGUUCAUUCUGCAAGAGCCACCGUGGCCAACAGGAGAGAAUAAUGGUGGAAGGAGGCAGGGUUCCGUGGAUGAAGUAUGGGUCUGUUGUGUCAUUGGUUGUAGUUUUGUUGGCAUUCUGGUUCCGUUCACCCCAGAAUGCAGUGCUAGAUGACCGGCUGGACUUAGUGCUGUCUUCUCUGCUCCGGGCAGAAAGGAAAGUCGGGGUGAAUAACGUCGCCAGACCCAAAGUGGCUAUUGGUUUCGGGGGCUGUGUUGACUUAAUAGUGGAUGGUGUGUCUUUCCUGAAAAAGAUAGGUAUUUCUCACACAGACCAGCCUGUGCAUCAUGACUAUCUUGAAAAUGCUGACCAGCUGGCUCAGAGCUUUGCUUACUUCUUUGCACCAGGAGCUGCUGCAGAACGUUUUAUGUCUAACGACACCCUCUUUAGUGAGCUGGUUGAGGGCGCCCGCGACUUACCUGGAAACAGAUGGUCUAUAGGUGGCAAUGCUCCAGUAAUGGCUGGUCGCAUGGCAACUGAGGGAUGUGACGUGUUGCUAGGGGGAAGUUUUAGUGCUGAUUUUACAGAUGUUCUAUCCCAGCACAUUACAGUGGCUGGUGAAGUGAUAGAGGAGCAAGACAUUCAUUUGAUCCUAGAGUAUUCAUCUGGUGCCAGCUGGGGGCACUAUACCUCACGGAGAGCCAACAGAUAUAUAAUCCACAGUGACUAUCAUAACCCCUACUUGGCCUCCAUGGAUGAGUUUGCAGAGAAACUCAAAGACUUCAAACCAGAUCUGCUAGUGGUGGGGGGGCUGCAAAUGAUGGACAACUUCCCCUUCAAGUCAGGCGAGCGAGAGGCUCUCCUCUCCCACCUGGCAGACCUGCUGUUGUCUUCAACUCCUCAGAUUGGAAUCCAUUUCGAGAUGGCGAGUUUUGUAGAAGAGAGUAUAAUGGAAGACCUUCUCCACUAUGUUAUCCCACAUGCAGACUCUUUAGGGAUGAAUGAACAGGAACUUCCUAAUUUACUCAGCUUGCUCAAAGGCUCCAACAUCACAGUGCUGUCAGACCCAAGCCCUCGUGUAGCUACUGUCCUCGACCAGAUGCGAGAAGUUUAUCGCAUUUUGAACCAGCGCAAUAAGGAUGCCGCUGCAGACAGUGACACAAACGGUGCUGAAACAAAGGGUAAGCCACUGACCCGCCUCCAUGUUCACACACUGGCCUUUCAAGCCAUGAUUGUUACACGUGGCUCUCAGUGGAAGAACACCAUGUCAGCCACGGCCAAAGCAUCGCUCACAGCUAAUCGUCACGUCUGCGGCUCAAAUGACAUUGACCCCAGCAAGGCGAGGCUCCUCAUGGACGACUCCUUCUCUGUUAGCCUGCGGGCGGGAAGCCAGCGCAUGCUUCUGCAGGAGAGCAGACCUGUCAGCUGCUGGUAUGAAGAGGAUUAUGAGAUCUGUGUGGCUCCGGUGUUGGUGUGUACUGAGGUGUACCAAACUGCAGGUGGAGGAGAUAACGUGUCAGCUGCUGGCCUGGUGCUGCAGAUUUAAAAAGGGACACUAGAUGGCCUUUGAGUGUAUGCAGGGCUAACUUGAUGUUGGCAAUCAGUGUAACUAAACUUGAUCUAGGUGUGAUGCACUUUAGCUGUGAGGUACUGAAACAGGUACCAAGCUAAUGCUAUCACCUUCGCAGCUCAUGGCCCAGAUUGAUGAGAAGGUCAUUGCUAGAAGAGUCAGAUGAUAGAAAACGGUGGUAGGUCUUAAGGAUAUGCCACCAAAUUUUAAAUAUAUAGAUAGAAACUCUGUUUUGAUUUUUGAAGGAUGCAAUCAAUGAAUGCAACCACCAAAUUUUCUAUUUAAUUUCUAUCCAAACCAGAUUUUAUGCCAUUCAUAUUCAGUUGAUGGUUAGUAUGGGUUAUAACAGGUUCAGAACAAUAAUACUUAGUCCCUGUUACGUCUGCAUUGUGUAAAUAUAGUAAUUAGUAUUCACAAAGUCUUUUUCAGUUUCUUUUCCUUUUUGUUUUCACGUUGACUUUUUUUAGAGUCAAAAUAUCCAGAUUCAAAAGAUCCAAAUUCAACAGACCCUGCAAAGCCACUGUAGCCAAUCAUCUGACUCCUCUGAUAUUAAUGGCUUAUCCCUUUCUACUUCUGAGGCCUUAAAAACUUGAGCCUGAGUCAGGAUGAGAUAAAGAUGGCUGAGGUUUGGAUGACAUCAGAUACAGACCCCAGGUUGUUUUUAUAGCACCACCCUGGGUAGUCUGUGUAAUGGUAUUAAGUUGCACAAUUUCUUCUGCAGGAUAAAUGAUUAUUUUAACCUGGGAUGCAGCUAUGCAGCCAGUAUUUUCAGGAGAUUCAGAAAUGUCUGAAUCUUCUGUUAGUUGGCAGCACGUUUAUCAGGUGUUAAACAACCCUUUGACCUCACUUGCCUUUGAGUAAAAUCAUUUUCACAUAAGCCAAGCUUUGGUUUAAAAACGUGUCUGAUCUGAACCAUUCAUUUGAAAAGCUAUCCUGCCUCUUGCCUCUUCUGUCUCAUUCCCUAAGGCAAAGAAAAAUUUACAGUGGAAAUCUCCCGUUCUUCCCAGUGAAUGUGAAACGUGUGCAUAAUGAUUUGGGUGUUUUGUUUUUUUUUGUUGUUGUUUUUUUUUGUUUGGAUUGUCAUUCUUCUGUGGUCCAGUUGCAGUGCAAUUAUGCAAAAACAAUGUUAAGAGAUCACUGUUGGUAGCAGGCUAUGAUGUCAACAUUUUCCUCUCUAUCUGUGCUCUUUUUGUUUGUCCUUCCAUUUUUCCAUCACCUUCUCCAGCUUCACUGUUUAUUUGUCAUAUUUUUAUAUUCCCUAUGUGUUCUUUCAUCAUCAUUUCAGUAAAUGACUGUUUAGGGACCAAAUAACCAGUAUGGACUGCCACAGACAUCGCUGCAGUUAGAGAAAAAUUACUGACAUGUGCAUCUCACAUUAUUUGGCUGGAUUCAGUGGAACAAGAGCUCCUCUUCAGUUUAUCAACAAGGCAUUGUCAUCUGUACUUGAAGCCAUGGUGUUACUUUGUGUAGAAGCGGACCACUUGCUAAUGAUAUUUUCAAUAUUUAGUUCUUGUCUCCUUUGCAGUAGGAUUAGAAGCCAGAUAUGUCAGCACUCAGCUUAAAGUAUGACUCAGCUGGAUGCCCCUUCAUAUUUUACACAGAUGCUUAAAUCAUACCUGGUAUGUUUGGCUCUGUUUUUUCUGAAAGUAUUGAUUUCUGUAGGUAAAAGAAGGGCCCAGUGCCUAGAUAACCAUCAUAAUACUUUUCAUUGUUUAACCUGUUUGAUUCAAAUUUGUAAUUACUAAUGCAACUGGACUUAGCAGGGAAUAAUGCCAACUCCUGUUUUCUUUCCUCACUAUGUACAAAAAAAGCAUUCCACGAAAAAAUGAAUUAUGUUAAUAUAACAUGUAAUAUUAGGCAGGGGUAGGGGUUAAACUCAGCAUGUCAAAGAGAAAGCCCUCUUUAACAAGAAACAUGCAGAUUUUGUUGCAAAGUAAGGUCAAGAAAAAAAAAUCUUCCAUUUGUGUGUGGAAAUCCCUUUAAAUCUAUUUUUCUCUCUGUAUUGAGACUUUACAGACUUGAUGCUAUUUGGUGAUGUUGAAGGUAAAUGAGCCUUAUUCUGUUUUUACUGUGGGUCUAUAGUGAAAAAUGUUUAAUACAGACUUUUUCUAUCACUAUUGUUUGUUUCUUGCUUUGUCUUAAACAGUGAUUCGAUGUUAAAAGGGUUUUAAAUGUUUUACUGUGGACUUCAAUCAUGCUGUAGCAUGUAUUCAUGCUCAUUGAGGGAACUGCUUGAGUUUGCCACCAGCGCUUAUCUAAACUGAUAAGUUGUAUCAUUCAUGAUUAAAGAUGUUUUAACUUUUCAUGCAUGUUGAAUCAGUACAGAAUCAUCUGAGAUUAAAUUCUAUGCUGUUCA